UUCCUCCUACCUUGACAACAAGUGUAAAUUAAAAUGGCGCCUAUUGGAGGCGCAGAGUAGAUGCUUAUUUUGCUGAGGAUAUACACAUUAUCUAGAAAAGAUGAGCACUGCUGUAGCACCUCAUCAGCCUAGUCAAUCCAUAGGAUCUCCAAGACACCAAGACAGAAAAGCUCUUGUUUCAUCUGAUGGCAAAAAUGCUUUGCCAGAGCUUAGAAAUAGUAAUAAUGCCUUAGACAAAACUAAGCCCCUCCCCACCUCACUACAGAGUGACUUUAUUCCUGAGGAUGUUCUGUUUGCCCUGACACAGCCUCCUCCUGUACGGGACCAACUCGGGCCUCCAACCCGGACCAGGAAUCUUAAUGUCUCUAAUGUGCCAGCUAGGGCUCCACCAUCUAACCUUUGGAGCCAUAAAAGAAGAGAAAGGUUUAAACACCUUACAGAAAACACACCUUGUAUUUGUGGGGCUGGAAGUGACAUCUCCUUCCUGUACGAUGUCCCUCUCCCAGAGAAGAAGUUGGAGAGACCAGAUAAACUGGAUAAAAGUUUUGCUAGAAAAGAAGCUCUGGACAAGCAGAGAAAGCCAUUGGAGCUACCAGACACUUUAAUUCCUGAGGAAUAUCAUAUCAUCAAAAACAAAGGUGUCAUGGGAAUUGAGUUUCACGAGGACAAAUACAGCAAUCAAGUUGAGGACCAUGAAAAACAUCUGAUUGUGUUUCCUUCUAUGAAACCCUCAAGUCGCUUUGAAGUUGUUCAGUUGAAGAACACGAUGGAUCGUAUGUUAGAUAAAGCUGGAGUAUAUGACACAGAUUCCGAGAUUAGGGGACCAACUCAGAUGCACAACUUACUUGAGUUAAUCAAGAAAGAACAGAAUAUUUACAACACAGUCUUUCAUGAGGUUAUCAGACAGGUGAGCAUAGAAUGUGUGGACAGAGGAGAACUUUUAGCCAAUCUUCGCCAGAAGUACAGCGACCUACUGAACAAAGUCCCACAGCAAAUCAAGAGUUUACAUGAGGAGGUUAUGGCACAGAGAGCUCUGGAUAGAAGACUGACUGAAGAGCUGAUGAGAUUUAAAGGCACCAUUGGUAUACUGACCAGUGAGCUGUCUGCAGUCAAGGAACACGACAAGAAAGUCACCAAAGAAGCACAACAAGCCCAGGAGGAUCUGAAGACAGCCCUGUCUGAGGCCCAGAAAAAUGCUAGUCUUCUGGCAGAGUACCAUGAUUUAUAUGAGUUACAAAGGAAGAGACUGGAAACUUCAGUCCAUUUACUGACAGAAGAGCGGGAACUCUGGAGUAAUGCUGCCUAUAGUCUUGCUCUCAAGGUGACAGAGGAAGCUAAUUUGACCACAGCUAAGAAGCUUCAUGUUAGUGAGAAAUCAUGGGCCAAACUGGCCACCCACUUCACCAUUCUGCUAAGUGACAAGGACACGGAGCUCCUGACUAACCUCCAGACACACGUGGAGAGGUGGCGCGACCUGGUAGAGGAAUUUAACAUCAUUCUGAAAACCCGAGAAGAAGAAAUGAAGGUCAACAUCAGCUCUCUGAAGGGUAGCAUUCAAAAAUGGAUGCUUGAGAUUCGAAAGAUUUGCUUUGACGUGGAUGAAAAUGCUAGUGUUAGUACAAUGAGGCUCCUUCGUUAUAGAAGUUAUGAAGAUACAAAAGAAGGUCAUUUCCAAAAGCCUCCAGAUGAAUCAACUCUGAGGUUGUUUCUAGAAGAAAUGAGAAAUUGGGAAGAGGUACUUGGUAGAGAAGCAGAGAAAUUCGGAGGUGAUACCUUACUGAACGGUCAAGAGAAGUUAACGGUCAUCAGACAACAGAUGGAUGGAUGGACAGACAAUGCCCUCAAGGUCUUCAGUCGCCACCGAAAGGAGGGGGCCAAGAACCAUCCAGAUCAGGACGGAAUGAUGACAUUGAAUGAGGAAGUUGAGGAAUUGCUGAGACAAUUUAAUAACAGAAUUACGGGAGAAAAUGAUUACAAAGAACCUGAGUGGAUUAUAAAAUGGAGAAGGUUUCUGUAUACCUGGGUUGCACCACAUGCCAUUCAUUUAAUGCAUGGUCUGGAGACAUGGGAUUUGAAGAUAGCAGCCUCGCUGAAUGGAACCCAGCCCAUCAAUGACAAUGAAUGGGUCAGUCUACUGAAUCUGAUGGAGGAAUGGAUGGGGGGUAUCGAUGAUGCAGUGCAGUACGUAGGAUCCACCCAAAAGGAGGAAGACAGGAUUGAGUCAAAACCACACACUAGGAUUGAUGUCAUGGAUACGGUUAGGAAGGUGCAGAAAUGGGCCACCACAGCCAGUAAUGCUAUAGACAGUGAAGAUGGAAGACUUGUCGAACAGGUUUCGACACUUCACUCUCAGAUGGUACAGUGGAUGGUCCAGAUGCUGUUACGACUCGCCCCAGACAAGGAGGGGAACUCUAAGGAGGCAGCAGACAUGGUCCUCCUCAACAGCCUCACCCUGGGACAACUCUACUCCAACGUCAAAAUGCUGUUUGAACAACUAGAGCAGUUCUCAACCUAUGUAGCUCAAAAUUCCAGUGAAAUCUUAUUUGGCAUCAGUAAUCUUAUAUCUAUAGAGGAUGAAUAUCAGAACUCAAGAUGUUGUAGUGGUGUGGUGAUGGACAACACCCAGGCCAGGCGUGACAAUAUGGAGGACAAUGCUGAGCAUGAAUUGAAGGAUUUACAGAGACUCAGGAUGGAGUGCAUGGAUUGGAUCCACACAGCUAAGUUGUUAACCAGCCACCUGUUGGAGGAGCCUGUUGAGUCCUUGUUUCCCUCUGCUACCUCCGGGGAGGAGCCCUCUAAGAAGUCUGCCCCAGAGAAAGCCGCUGUGGCUUUCCAUGACAAAGAGAAACUAAAGCCCUCAGUGCCAGAGGCAGAGGCUAAAACAGAGGCUCCAUCCACACAGCCAGCUGAAGCUGAUAAAAAGGAAAAUCCAAAGGAUGGGGUUCCACCAGAAAGAGAAACAGGGGAGGGGGAGGAACAGAAAAAACCAGCCCCAGUGCCACCCAAGCAAGAAAAAGAGUCCAGUAAAGAGAAACUGGAAGUGAUUGGCUAUGAUGAGAAUACACACACAAAAACUCUAAAGACAUCAGACUCUAAGCCAUCAGCUCCUGCCACAUUUAUACCUGAUGCUCCCAACACACAGAAAUCUUACGAGGCUUUGGAGGCUGUAGAGAGUCUACAAGGACAGCUCAUGGCCACUGAGCAGAGAGCUCAAGCCGCAGAAGACCGAGCUGCUGAGGCCGAGUCAGAUCUGGCCGACGCCAACGAGCGAAUCAGGGAACUAGAAAAACGAUUGGCCAAGUUAGAAAAGCAGGAGGAGGAAUCUACAGUAGGUGACAAGACCCCCACCAAGGCAUCAGCCACACCCACAACCCCUAGGGAAGAACCUGCUGCAAAGGAGAAAUCUCCAGAAAAGAAGGAAGAAAAGAAGAGACCUGAGUCACAGGCAUCUAAAGCUAGCUCCAAAUCUAGUAAAUCCAAGAAAGGGAAAUAACUCUAAAAUAUUCAAACAGUAGCAAGAAUUUAUUUUUGUACUUAAUGGCAUUUAUGUUAAAUACUGUCUUUUAUCCAUGAGCAGGUUCUUGAUAUUUUUCUUUUUUUUAUCAAUUUCUUAAUGUUCUAAUACUGCUGUGAAGUAUUUACUGCCAAACAUUUGAGAUAUUUUGGUACACAUUGAAUCUGCUGGUUUUGUGUAUGAACACUGCUGGUCAUUGCUAAAGAUCUUUUAUCGUACUGUUGUGAUGUGAUUCAGUGCCUAUAUAUAUACCUAUUACUUACUUGUUCCACUUUGGAUUUUUUUUAUGUACUUGUGAUCAUAAAAAAUAAUAUUUUUAUGAGCUAGAGAAUAUGUAAAGAAGACUAUAGUGAUUGUAAAUGCUAAAAUAUUUUGUAAGGAAUUUUUUUUUCACUUUGUUUUAAGGCAUUCACAAGAAAUAUUUACACUAAGAAGAAGUUUGUACUUUUUCAUUUAAUAUCUGUGAUAUGUGAAUAAUAUGUUGUUGAGAUGUGUCUACAGUUUAUGAA